CAUUUCAACAAACAAUGAACGUGAGGUAAUUUAUUUUACUGAAUCUUGAAGAACAAUACUACUAAUUUGCAAACCAAGAUUAAUGGUUCCCUUAUCUUUAUCCGAGUCGUUAGAAGAUCAUCCGAUGAUAACAAAUACUUCUACAAAUGGCGUGUUCAUUGAUACGACUAAAUACGUUAGGUACUCUUUAGUUACACACCACAUUUCAAAAAACACUUCAUUUCUAACUCUAUUAAUUACUAUUAAUAGUUAUCUUUUCAGAACAAAGAGAAGACAUUGGGCAGAGUGAAUUAAGGUGACCGUGGACAGAAGCCAAGGAAAAUAAAUGGAAGAAAAUUUCAUUGAAUAUACCGGAAUAGCACCAAAACAAACAUCAUUUCAAGUAUUUAAGGACGGCUUGUUAAAUAACAUUCUUUCAUACUUCAAUUCUAUAUGGGAUUUCACUGAUACCGAUGAUCAUCUUCAGGUAUUGCAAAUGCUUAAGACUGACUCAAGGAAUGAUCCCGAAAAGAAAUGGCGCCCAACGGGAAAAAGUGUUGAUGAACAAGUUCGACCUUUGGAAAUCAAUAAACUGAAAUGGCAAUUAAAAUAUUAUGAGAAACAAAUUCAAUUUCAAAAACAACAGUUGGAGCGUGCCGUGUCGCAGGUUGAGGUCGGUCGUAAAUUACUGAGCGAUUUGAUGGUACGAAGAGAAUCACUGUUAACUGCCGUAACGAAUGAACUUAAAGAUUUCAAAAGCAUCGAAGCUCAAAUAACGGAUAUUGAUGAGAAAAUUAAUGGAGACUUGCAGCGGUGA